AUGGAUCCCUUGUCGAUCACAACCAGCGUUCUCACGAUACUUCAACUGACUGGCAAAGGCUCAGGGCUAGCUUUAGGCGCGCUCAAGUCAUUAUGGGAAGCACCAGAAAUAUUCAAGCAGCUCAUUACCGAUGCCGAGAUAUUACGAGGUUUACUUCUGGAUACAGAGGCCUGUCUCCGUAGCCGGCACAGAGAUAGUCAUGAAGAUCCAAUACCACCAUCCAUUGUUCAUGUCCUCAAAGCCAUCAAAGAGCGCGUGACAGAGUUUGAAUUGCUAGUUCAGUGGGUGGUCACAAGUAAUCGCGUCGCUAUCUCAGCCAGAACUAAUGGUCUUUUUGAAUGCAUCAGCACCCGACUUUCGUGUCGGCAAACCGAGGAUGGAAAUGUUGUUACCAAAGUCAAGCGAGCAAGGAUGCUGCAAUCGGAAGCCGAUAUCCAACGCAUCAAGAUGAACAUUCGAGAUUCAUGCGAUAUUUUACGGACUCAACUCGAUUUACUUCAACUAGACAACAAAGAGCUCCUCACAACAACAGUCCUUCAAAUCCAGAGUGUAACAGUCGCAAGCCAUAAUGCCAUUUGUGCCCUGCAAGAGCAACAGCAUAAAACCCAAAAAGACAUGCAGAUCGGCUUUCAGAGUUUGAACGCUAUGCAACAUAACCUUCUUCGUUCCAUGCAGCCUCUGAUUGAGCAGGCCCAGAACCUGAGUCCAGGACAAAUAUCGACGAGCGAGCCCGAUUUACAAGUGGCCAACAGCGGGGUAUCAGCCAACAGUCCAGCUGUUCUCAUCUCUGCGAGUGUAAACUCGCAUCGAUGUCCGCGAGGGUGCCGAUGCCGAUGUCACACCCGGGCAGCGGUCCGUACACCCCCGAAGAGCCUGAGUAAACACAACAUCACCUGCUACUUCCCACCCUGGCUGGUUUCGAGAGCGAUAAUGGCUUCCGUUAACCUGGAGAACGUCUUCGAUGCUGGGGCAAAGGUUUCAGUCAACGUGCCGCUGAUCGUCCCGGAAGAGGACCAUAUUGUCUGGCCGCUCGUGAUGGCCGGAAAUCUCGGGCAGUUGCGGGAGUUACUAUCGAAAGACCGGAAUCUGAUGUAUGUCAGGAAUCAAUGGGGCCAAUCCAUUAUGCACUGCGGAAUCGUGCUGAUUUACUAUCUCGAAUGCCAGGUCGCUGCUAAGAUUCAUCAGCCAGCCGUCUUCAACUUCCUCAAGAAUGAAGGCAUGGACGAGAAUCUCGCAGAUGAAAACCAAAAGUCCGCAGCCAUCACUGUCCUUACUCGCAGAGGAAGCCAAGAAUACAACCUCCCAGUUGAUACAGAGGAUCUUGCCGAUAGGCUAGGCUGGACCAAUCUUCACAAAGUCGCCGCUUUGGGAGCGCGACAUGGUCUGGAAAUAACGGAAGCCCUUCUACGAGAAUCCGAGUACUCAGAUAUCAACACGAAGGACAUCCUCGGCCGGACUCCGCUCCACUGGCUAGCUGAGAACGGCAAAUCAGACGCUAUCCGGCUCAUUACUCAGGACCCAUGGAGCGCCGAUGUCCAAGCCAGAGACCUUUGUGGGUUCACGGCGCUGCACUGUGCAUGCUGGGCGGACGAUUUUGAUAGCAUCGUUGCACUGCUCGACGUAGGGAUAGACGUCAACGCCCUUGAUAAGCACAUGCGAACACCCAUGAUGCACAUGAGUAGUCCGGAGAUACUGAAGUACUUGUUGCGCAAGGGGGCUGAUGUGCACAUCAGCGAUGAUGAAGCGGCGAAUAUCAUGCAUCAUGCUUGUGUGUCCGAUCAGGAAGACCUCGUCGAGAUUCUACUGAGAGAAUACAGUCACUUCUUACUUACCAGGAAUCAUACAGGCGACACGCCGCUCGGGCAAGCCAUCGCAAACAACAGCCUUGCAGUAUUGAAGGUGAUGGCUCCUUACCUUCAGGGCUUCCCGCCCGAAAGACUGAGCCUCUUGAACAACAAUAAGAGGAGCUUGCUCCACCUGACAGCUUUACAUGGGAGCACGGAGGCGAUGGACAUCCUAGCAUCCGCCAAUCUCUGUGGCGUGGAUACGGCGAUCAGAGACAAAGAUGGGCACACUCCCAACGAGUGUUUCGUCAGAUGCCGCGACAACCACUGCGCCGUUACCCGUAAGCCAUUCGAAUCAGAGAAGCUUGCAUGGGUCUGA